GUUGCAGGGCCAAAUGAUCCCUGCCAAUAGUGAAGUGCUAGUGUGAUCUAGGCUCUGGGAAGCUCCGUUGCAUGUCGGCCCUCACAGGUGACGCACAGCCGAGACUACGAAACGAGGCACAGAGGCAUGAGCACCGUUGACGCAGCUCUGGUCGCAUAUGCGCCUCAGCUAGGACUUGGAGGCAAGUGACUAAGUCCCCGUAAAUCGUGAAGAAAUGGGUUACAGUGGGCGAAAACAAUCGCGCCAGGCUUUUCAUUAUCAUUGCCCUUUUUCCACGCUUCCCCGUCAUUUCACGCCAGUAUAUGUCAAUAAACCCUAUUCCCACCAGAUGAGCAUAACCAGAUCGUUAUCCAACAUGCGGAAGUCCAGAAAGAACUCUGCCAGCGACAAGGCUGAGUUGACUCCCACAAUUCCCUCCUUCCACAGAUCGAAUUCCGAGUUCUCCAGCAUCAAUACUAGUGUAGCACAGAUUAUCGACUUGUACUACACCAACCCUAGUCCAGAGGUGACGGUGUCCCACCAGUUUGCGCCGACGGUAUACUGGGACGUACCAAAGUUGAUGCUCUACUUGACACAAUACUUGAUGGAACAAGGUCAAGUAGUGGAAGGGUUGUUUCGUGUGAAUGGGUCGAUCAAGCGAAUUCGAAUUUUGGCGGCCAAGAUUACCAGCAACUACCAGGAGCUCACUCGCACCGAUUAUGCGGGAUUCAAGACGCUAUUGUUCACAUACACCCCGGAAGAGCAGCAGGACAAGUUUAAUAUCCACGAUGUGGCACACUUUUUCAAAAAGAUCUUGAUUGAGAUGAAUUCCAGCGGCACCAAUGCCAUCAUCUCUGCGGGGUUGAACAACGACAUCCAGCAAGUGUUGAAUUCUCAGGAGAACAAAGCGUUACUCAAAUCGUACGCUGCCCUCUUUCAGGCUGCCAACCUCCCAGUGUCUCUCUCAACACUUUCUGUACAUCACGUAAAUGCAAGCAUUGUUAGCGUCAUGUCCCCAGCUUCCAGAAUCACGACCAAUAUCUCUGCCAUGGAUUCCAUUCCCAAUGCCGAAUCCAUUGCCACCACCGCUACCGAAUCCAUCGUGCCGACCGUUUCUGCGGAUCAAGACUCCAGUUUAGCCAGGACUCCCGGAUUUGCCGUGUCGGAAUACGGUGCCAGUAUGGAGGAAGACCGCUUGGACGAAAUGGCCCGAGUGUUCACCCAGAAGGUUGCGCAAUUCACGUUCGACAACUCAGACGGCAAGAAGUUGUCCACAUUGUUCCUUAUGUUGGACUUCCUCAGUCAAUUGGCGACGCACCACGAAACAACUAAAAUGACGGCUUUGAAUUUGAGCAUGAUCUUUGCCAACAGUAUGGUCCAAUCGUCCACCUUGAGCAAGCUGGAAAUUAACUUGCACAACUACUUGGUGUACGCCUUGAUCACAAACUACGACUGUUUCUUAAGCGAAUUAGUUGCGUUGGAAGGUGUCAGAGCCACUCCGCAAUUGAACCUUUCCACGACUGAUCUCAACAAGGAGGACUAUGAAGAGGAUGAUAAUUCCAUUAUGGAAAGCCCGACAAAACUUUCGUAUAUGGCUGUCUAUAAAAAUGACCCGGUGCCGGUCUUGGGAGAAUUGGCGAAGUCGGUUAAAGUAUCAACUUUACCAGAAAUUGUCCCUGAGGCUCCUGCCAUAGCUCCGGUAGCUGAGUUAAAGAGAAGCAAGUCCAAAAAACGGAAGAACAGCAGAUUAUCGAGGAUCUUCUUUGGUAACUCCAUCCCCGUAACAAAACACUCCCCCGUGGUGGUUUCUUCCCCCGUCAAAUCGGUCCACGAUCCGCCGGCCAAAAAGCCUGAUGUCAUUAAACGCGCUGUUACUGUCAACUCACAGCUUAAUAAAGAAACGACAUUGCCUGUGGCUGGAAAGGCCUCCAUCUCUGGGUUUGUUUCUCCAGUGCAAUCCCAACGCGUCUCGACUGGCUUUAAGAGAACCUUUACCCAAAAAUUGAAGAGGAUAUUUGCAUAACCAUGAUCAGUUACGAUUUUAUGAUGUUAUACUUUUUCUCUUUCUCUGGGCUUAUAGUUUUAAAAAACCCGCGUUGUCUUAAUCGUGGGCUUCAAUUUAUGGUAAUGGUUUUGGGUUCGUCGCUGGCCUCCAAUAGCGAGGUUAUGUCUGUAUUAUGAAUUUUGUUCGAAAGGAAAGA